UGAACUUACUUGCCGCCUCAUGCAGUGUAAACACCGGUCGUGUUUAGGAUUUAGUGAUAAUUUACGCGAAUUUCCAUCGAUUUUGUAAAGAAUAGUACCAAUAGUUGAUGGUUUUAUCUUAAGUUUGAGCUAGUGAUUAAAUAUAAAUCACAGCUGAAGUAAAUUGAGCACGUAUUUUGUGUUUCUGGGUAAACAAGUGCGGCCGUCAAAAGCUAGAUACCCGGACCCCAAUAUUUGUGUACAGCUGGCUGGAAUCAUUUAAUACUUUACCGAGAGCUGUCCGGGGUAUACUAAACAUACAAAAUGAGUGAAGGAUCUCCCGAAGAUAUGUGGACUCCAUAUAAGCAUUUGCAUAGCGUCAUCGAAAAGUCCGUGGUGCACUCAACCAAAUCAUCGCUAUCCCAACUGGAAGUAGUUUUGAGGAAACAUAAACAGAAUUUUUCAACAAUUUUGCGUAAUCCUCCGAAAAAUGCCAAGAGCCGCGCAGAAAUACGUCAAGGUAUCACCGAUGGUAUUACAUUGCCUGGUCUGGGACAUACAAUUCUUUCGAAAGAUUUGGUGGAUGAAAGCAUCAUCUUGUCAGAUAUGUAUGACCUGAACGAAUAUAUGGCCUUGGAAUUGUUAUGUACCGCACAACAGCAGAUGCCCCAUUAUCCAGGUCUACCAAGGGGUCUAGUGGCUGUGCUUCUCUACUAUGAUGGUCGUAAAGCAUUAGCUUGUUCCCUUCGUGACCUAUUCCAAGCGCGAAGUGGCAUCUCAUGGUGUACAGAGGCACAUGCGGAGAUUACACAAUACAUUUCAUCGUAUACCACUAGUUUAGUCGAAGAUGCAAACAUCUUGAACAAGAUAAUUGAUAUGAUUGAUGAGCUCGACAUUUCAAAAGAAAUUGAACUGCUUACGGCAAAUCGAGGUCUUGGUCCACCAAAACAUCAUCGUCAAGUCCUUGAUUUGUUCCAAGACAUCAAAUUAGCUCUGGCUACUGCGCUGUUCAACUGGUCAGCGCAAUGUGGAUUACCAAAAGACACUGUCAUUAAACUGAUUGAACAUUUAGCCAAGUCGAAACUAACGGAGUCAAGAGGUGGUAUCGAUGAUAUAACCGUGACCCUUCUGAUGGCUCUUAUUGAUGGCUUCGAUACAAGUGUAUUGCAGCGGCAUGAGGACGGUGAGGAAAUCGUUCAGAGCUUACCGAUAAUGAAGGAAGCCAACUACGCACAAAACGUUUUUGAAACCAUACAUGCCCCCUGGGAAUGUGAUGAAUUGAAGUCGAUCGUAUUAUUCGCAUUUGGUUUAUCAAUGGCUACAUUACGCCAGGCUCCACAAUCUUUACAAUUAAAUUCGUCUAGGAUUAUAGAUCAAGACGAGCAAUUGGUUGAUGAAGCAAUUCAAUCGCAAGUAUUUGACUUUAUACAUUAUGUACUGUUGGAGAGCGAAUUAGUCUUUAAAACUGAGUUUUUCUAUCGUCGGAUUCACGUACUGAUUACGGACUUCAUUGAUUUGAUGCACUCUAAGGUUACAGAGUUGCGCGCACGUGCCGAUGAAACGGCUCGAACAGUUCAAUGUUUUGCACAACAAGGACUGGAUUCACCGCCAAAUUUAUGUAGAAAUUUCGAAGCGCUUAUGUUGUCCGUCGGAAAGUUAUAUGGUGGUGAUAAGCUCAAUUUGUGUUUGUGCAUGGAGUAUUGGGGUCCAAUGGAUAUUCCCUCAAAUUAUCCUAAGACUACCACACGUUCGGUUUCCUUAUUUAAGUUCAUUCGUUUGGCUGGUGAAUUGCUUCCGCCGAUGCUUUUAAUUCCCUACUUAAAAAUGCUUAGCGGUCUUUCGAGCUGUGAACAAUCGGCACGAAAUACAUUUAACUUGCUGAAGCAAGGGCCCGGAACCUCUGGGAGCACUACAUUGUCAUGGGAUCACUUCUUCGGAUCUUUGGCGAGAUAUUAUACACAUUUAAGACAAGAGCAGCACCCAGUCAGCGAUACAAUCUAUAAAAGUCGUGUGCUGAAUCGCAGUAUUAAUCCCCAGGAAAUUGCUGGGUUGCAUGCUGUCUUAGCCGUUAUACGGGCUGUGGCUACACACGAUGAAGUUGCUCGAAUUGCCUUGUGUGAACAUCCAAGCUGGGCACCAUUACAUACCCUUCUGGGUCUCUUGGGUUGUUCAGUACCAAUUACCCUUAAAGCUGAUCUGCUUCUUACACUUGCCGCUCUUGGGAAAUCAAAAGAUACUGCAAUUCAACUUUGGAACAAUAUUGAAGCGUCGCAAAUAAUUAUGACAGUGCCAACAACGAGUGCUUACACUGUUCGUGGUCUAGAGUCUGAAAUCGAACAAAUCGAGAGCCGAAAUGAGGUAUAUCCGCUUACACAAGCCAUUCUUGAUUUCCUGUAUACACUAUCGAUAACUGCCGUCCCAAGAAACCUGGGCGGUGGUCCAAGAAAGCCAGGCCUUGAUCCAUACUUGACAUUCAUCAUCGAUACCAUCUUCUUGAGAUUUUACAACAGAAACUACAAAAAUCCUGCAGAAAAAUGGGAGGUCGGCGAAAAAUGUCUUAAACUUCUUCAUUUUUACGUUAAAAGCUACGACAUUAGCCCGUCUGAUUUCAUCCAGGCAAAAGAUGAAAACUCACCACCAGGUUUUCAUAUCAUGCUUCAAAUGAAUACUAAAUCCGAAACUUUACGUUUGAUUCUACAUAUCAUUGACGAAGCAUGUAAUCACUUGGAUAUGUAUGCACCAUUCCCAGGCAAGGCAAAAAUGGAAGAGUGUAGUCUGCACUGUUUGAGCAUCAUUGAAAAAUGUUUAAGCACACAAGAUUUGUACUUCAAUGCGAAAUCUCUGGCAAAUUGUGCCACCCUUUUAUCAGGAUUGAACAAGCUACUGUUAGAUGUCAAUCCCAGAAGUGGGAAACCUGACCACAUUCUCAACACAACGAAGUUCGUGACGUACAAUAGUUGGUUGUCGUGUCACGCCUUGUUAGGCGUAAAAAUUUUAACCCUGGUAUCACGACAACCAAAUGUUAGCACUCAAUUGUUGGGUAUCUUCACGCUGACGGAAAGAAUUCAAAAUGAAAUUCGACAUGGAUUUGUGGAAUGCCUAGAAAGUGAUUUGCCUAUACAGCCAAGUGAGAAUUUACAGGAGAAAAUUGGCGAGGAAGUAGAACUAAGUAUUAAAGAGGCGAUCAUCGAUUUAUUGCAAGAGAAUUUACAGCAACCUUCCCCCAAUAUAGCACAUUAUUUGUUAGGAUUUGAUAUAACAAAAGACAUUCGGGUAACCCAGUUGCAACAUCCAGGCGUUUUGGAUUUUCCAAGUAAUUGUACAAAGUCAUUGGUUUCGCUUCUCGACAACAAUUUAGAUUUGAUGAAAUUAGAAACCGAUCAGGACGCAACACAUGAACGUCUAAUUGAUAGAGCGUACGGUCUUCUGUACGCAUUGUGCUUUAAUUCCCGCACCUCUGAGGUGGUGCUGCGAUUCCUACGCUCUUGUAAUGAUUUUCUUGGCCGUCACGUUUCAGCACUGCCUUUUAAAAACUUUGAAAGUGCACAGGUUUUGAAUCAGAUGAGCUCAUUGCUUAAGUGCAUUGCCAUCGAAUUGAAAAUCACUGCAGCUAAUAAUCAAGUCAGCCAAUUUGCACAUUUAUGUAAGAUUUUAUCAGGAGUUGUACAGAAUAAUACAUCAGAUAAUAUGCCAUUGGAAUUAAGCCAUUAUUAUUCAAAUACAACGGCUAACAUUACAAUUGGUGACACCACCAUUGGAAAAAAGAGCGUAGACCAAGGGACUCGUUUGCUAAUAUGCCACCUCCUUGAUUGUUUGGAAUUUGAAAUCAAAUCCAUUCCCCAACCGAAAUGGGAUUUCUUCGAUAAUAGUUUAACCGGCCAACUUUUGCAGGAUUGUGAAAUUCGUGAAGGAAACGGGCCCCGCUUGAUCAACAUAAAAAAACUAAAUGAUAUUUUACGUGACGAAUUGAAUACAGUUCAAAGUACCAUUGCAAGUGGACAGAGGCAGUUAAUUUUACAAGAAAUUGAAUCGGUCCUUCAUUUCGCUUUGAAAGUAAAUUCACAGAAAAACAAGUGUGCAGCUACAGUGAAAUUCCUCGAAGCAUGGGGACAAGUAACAGAAGUGUUGUUUACCGUUUCUCACUCGUUUGCGAUGUCGUUUGAAACGAAACAAGAAUUACUUCUGGAAACUCUACAAGGAUUACUUAGUAAGGUUGUUCCUGUACAAGUCAUGAUGGAAUUAGCGAAUUUAGCUUCAUCAACCGUCUUACUGCUGUUGGUCAAUCUAAGGUAUUGUUAUGUUCAAAGUUCAGCACAGCAAAGUGGAACAGACGUAAAUUUGGGUGUGGUAGGCCAAAUAUCCGCUGCUCUUACAACAAGCAUGAAAUCAAUUGCAAGCACUCCAAAAUCAAAUACAUUGAGUUUAAAAUAUAUUUUGAAAAGCAUCGUUGAUUGGAUUAUCGUUAGUGGCGCUGCCUCCCAAAAGUUGAGAAUCAAUCUAUAUGCGGCGCUUCUAAAUUUCAUGCAUAUCGUUAAAGGAAAUUCAAUCGAAAAUGAGAAUGUCAUAGGAAACGACCAAUAUGUUUCCCGAUUAGAUCGUUCCAUGUCGCGCCACUUAAAUGAGGGAGACAGUGAAAUUAAUCAAACUCAGAUGGCUAUUGAAGUCUUUGCAUCAUUCGGCGACAAACUGAUUGAUAUUCUCUGCCAUGAUUGCACUGGAGGACAUGAUAUCUGCAAGAUGUUGGCUCUUUCGUGCAUUGAUAUGCUUUUGGACAUGGACUCGCUGACAAAUUUCAUAAACUUUAUUUCAAAACGCGGAUACUUGUCACAUCUAAUCGACAGUCUAAUGAAAUCUGACGACAGCUUGUGUAGAGUUCUGAAAACUGUUCCGGAUAACAUGCGCGCGCUUUACGUUUACGAGUCGAAAAUGGCAAUGUUAAGUAGAGUGGCCAAUUCACAUAUCGGUGCAGAGCUUCUUCUGGAACAGAGAGUACUUGGCGUCUUAUCUAGCAUGAAUGUGUUCGAUCUACAUCCAGACUUCCAAGUGAAUAGUUACACACGUCAUGGAAGUGGUACAGAAUCAUUUGUGCCUCCUGUCGACGCUAGAUACCAACAGAUUCUUUUCCCUGCUCUGAAUCUGUGUGAUUCUAUUCUGUCUACCUUGGGCCCGGAAAAUCAUUCGGCUAUUUCACAAGUUAUGCAUUUCUUAUUAUCACACGGUGAUAUGAUUGAAAUUGUUCUACGUGCUGGUACGCCGUUCCUUCAUUUAGGAUUGCUCCAAGAAUUAUCUGCACUAACGGGACUGAUAGCUAGAAGUUCCAAUCAGGAGCUUUCGAACCUAGUUGAACCGAAUGCAAAUCAAGAUUUGAGUGUUCAUUUGUAUCGUUUGCAAAAGUUGAUGUUAUCACUGUUCCCACGUUUCAUUGCAAGUACGGCAACUUUAAAAGAGAUGUUCAAACCCGAAAACAUAACGUAUGAUCCGAGCGACAAAAAUAAGGCACUUCAUAUCAAGUACUUUUUAGAGAUCGCAUCCAAUAUUGCAUUGUACUGCCGGAAUUCUGUAGCAAAUCACGCGGCCGAUCAUAGGACAAACGCCGUUUUAUUCUCACCAAGUAUUAAUGAUUCCGUUCAGCGUUCGGAUAUAAGGGGCAGCACCUUAGAAAUUUCACCAAGUUUAGGGAUAGUUGUAUGUCAACUGAAAAGCAGUGUGGAGUACUACAGCCGCGAUAAGUCUGUCUAUGAUAGCCUUAUCAAUCAGAGAUCGUCUUUACCGAGCACUACUUUGGACUCGACAGCGCACGUACAAUAUACAAAUUUAUCUGAAAGACUGGCCAAUAAAAAUAAUGAACUGAAACAUUGUUCAUUUAUUACGGAACAAUGUCUCUACUUGUUGUGGUCUCAUUUAGACUUCUACAUGCUCCGUGCCAUACCCGUAAAUACCCUGCAGUUUUCAAGUACAAUUAAUCCAUUCAACAAUGAAAACUUUGUUUCCUCACCAACUGAAGCUGGAUGGAAAAUAACAACAGAAGAUGUCAGUGCAUUGAAAAAGACAUUAGUUCUAAUCUUCAACGAAACAUUCUGUAAAUCUCUCAUUGCCACAACUCAGCCACAAGCCGGGGCGGAUAAGGGCUUUACAGAUGCUUUACUUCGAAGAGUAAAACGUCUCAUACAAUUUGUUCCUGUUGAUUAGUGAACUAUAGGAAUUUCUUUCUUUUUUUUAUACGCUACCGAUAGCUUAUUAUUUCAUUUUUAUUUUAUUUGUAAUAUAAAGUAUCCAGAUUUGUUGUCUUGAUGGAAUUUGAUAAAUGUAUUAACAAUGUCAAUGAAUAAAUAAUAUUAAAUCGA